GGAUAUGCAUUUAUCUUUUCUUUUUUUUUUUAAGUAAGGAAAUAAAAAUACCUCGUCAACUGGAACACGCCUUAAGCUGAUAUGAAUGUACCCGUUUAAACAGAAUACGCGAAAUCGGAACCCUAAUUCUGUUAUCGGCCAACAAUGGCAACAGCGAAGCGAUGCCACUACGAAGUCCUCGGCCUCCCCCGAGAAUGCACUGCCGACGAGAUCCGAUCGGCUUACCGGCGGCUCGCCCUUCAGCGCCACCCCGACAAACUCGUCCAAUCCGGUCUCUCCCAAGCCGACGCCACGGCUCAGUUCCAAGAACUCCAACACGCCUACGAAGUCCUCUCCGAUCCCAAGGAACGUGCGUGGUACGAUUCUCACCGUUCCCAGAUCCUGUACUGCGAGCCUAACUCACGUAACAACUCCAUUGUCACCGACCUUUUCUCCUUUUUCUCGAACACCGUCUAUUCUGGUUACUCCGAUUCCGGGAAGGGUUUCUACAAGGUAUAUUCCGACGUAUUCGAUAGAAUCCACGCGAACGAAAUAAACUUCGCGAAGAAAAUGGGCAUUGGUGUGGAGGCGGUUCGGCCCGCGCCUGUUAUGGGGAAUUUGGAUAGUCCGUAUGAGCAGGUUACGGCGUUUUAUGGUUACUGGUUAGGGUUUUGUACGGUUAUGGAUUUUUGUUGGGUUGAUGAGUUUAAUGUUAUGGCGGGUCCAAAUCGGAAAUCGCGGAGGCUUAUGGAGGAGGAGAAUAACAAGGUUAGGAGGAGGGCGAGGAAGGAGUAUAAUGAUACUGUGCGGAAAUUGGGUGAUUUUGUGAAGAAGAGGGAUAAGAGGGUGGUUGAUAUGAAGGUGAAGAAGAAUUUGGAGAUGGAGAAGAAGAGGGCGGAGGAGAGGGAGAGGAAGAAGAGGUUGGAGAAAGAGAGGAAGGAGAGGGUUAUGGCUUAUGAGGAGCCUGAGUGGGCUAAGGUUGAGGAGGAGGAAGAGGUGGUGGUGGAGGAGUGGUUUGAGGAGAUGGAAGAGAAGAAGGAGUUUUAUUGUGUGUUGUGUGGGAAGAAGUUUAAGAGUGAGAAGCAAUGGAAGAAUCAUGAACAGUCCAAGAAGCAUAAGGAGAAGGUUGCUGAGUUUAGGGAUUCGCUUGAUGAUGAAGAGGAUUUGGAAUUGGAUGUGGAAGAAGAAGGAGAAAGAGAAGGAAUGGAACAUGAGGAAGAUGCAAUUGCGGAGAAUGAUGAUCAAGGCGAGACUGAUUCUGUAGUUAAUGAUUUGGAGAGUAGGAUUAGAGAUGGUCUCAAUGUUGCAGAUGAGGAGACUAGAAAUGAGGCUGAACUAAUUGAUGAUGAUGAUGAUGAAUUUUCUGAUGCCUUGCAUGCAGAGAAGGGGGAAGAGGAGUUGUCAGUUAGAUUUGAUGACAAUGAUGAUGAUGAAAAUGAUGUUCUUGAAGCAAUGAUGGCAGGGCAGAAGAACAGAAAACCGGGUGCUUCAACACACAAACCCAAGGCUUCGGUAGCUCCAUCUCAAAUUGAAAGUGAGAGUGAUGGGAUUGGCUUUCCGGAAUAUAACAAUCGGAAGAGCACAAGGAAGAAACGCGGAGCCAAGAAAGAAAAGGGUAGGAAACACUGGGAAGAAUCUAAUGUCGCUGCUGCCAAUGGCAAUUACGAGAAUGUAAACAGCAAUGGAAAUGAUAAUUCUAAUGCAGAAGAGUCUGUUUCCCAACAUUCGGUGGAAAAUGAGAUUAAUGGUAAAGAGGGCGAACAGGUUGGUAGGAAUAAGAAGAUUUCUAAUCAAGCAGCUGCUGAUAAAAAGGGAACUGCAAAGGACCCAAAAAGCAAAGCAAAAAAUUCAUCCAAAGGAAGAAAAGGGAAGAUGAUAUCAAAGAGUCUUGGCAAUGCUUGUGAGACAUGUGGAGAGGAGUUUGAAUCAAGGAAUAAAUUACAUCAGCAUCUUGGCGAUUCUGGGCACGCAACAUUAAAAUGUCGAUAGGGAAACUACAGGAGUAAUAUUCAAUUCAAUCUUGAUCUUGAUCUCGAGUACGAGUGUUCCAAUUCCACACGUGGCCUGGUCCAAGCAUUGAUCCAUUCUUUAAUUUUUACUAUAGUGUUCAAAUAAUUUUCAAGUGAUUGUUCGAUAGCAAGCAUUAUGUUUUUGCACAGUUAAAAAAGAUUUUGAUACAGGGUACUACACAAAUCUUUAUGGAAAUCAUCAACCUUUGUAUUAACACUCUGGCCAAUUUCAAAUCCAAAAAAAAACGUGGUGCUUACAAGAAUGAAUGAAAUGAUUUAGUUAGAUUGAAUGAUUUGAGGUUCUCCUAUAAUUCUUGUACUUAUUAAUUGAAAAUAUUGAAUAUUUUUAAUAAUUAAUGCAAUUAUUAAAUAAAUUCUUAAUU